UCUCGAAUGAGUGUUUGCAAUGUUGAGUCAAUUGUAUGUAUUGUAUGUAUUGUUGUAUUAAUAUUAGUAUUACUGAUAUUAAUAGUCAUUAUCUAUAGUAUAGUAUUGAAUCAAAUGUAUUGAAUUGAUGUGAAAAAUGCCGAAAUCAAUGAAUAUUAGACUAAUUGUGUAAAUCUAGUGAUUAUUAACUUAAGUUAUGAUAUGUACACAAAAUGGAUGUCAUGAUAAAGACAUAGAUGACUGAUAUAUUAGUGAUUAACGUCUACUGUUUGACACUUUGACACAAGUGUUUGGAUUUGCAAUUGAUUUCAUUCAAGAAUCGGCUCCAAAAGACGCCAACUCUUGCAAGAUUAAGAUCAAGAUAAGACGAAAGAAACGAUUGACUGAUUUAUAAUGAAUAGCAGCGGCAGACGUUUUAAUGGCUAUAAUAAGAACUCGAAGAAGAGUCAAUCGAGUGAUCAAAAGAACUUAAGACGACUUUCAAAACAAGAAGAGAUUGAUCUAACUGUUGAAGGCAUUGAUAUUAAAGAUGAGAUAACUAAUUGCAACGACAACAGCAUUAGUGUUAAUAAUUGUGAACCAUCUGUGGCGCCAACCAUUCAUGUCAAUACAGUUGAAGACAAAUAUGAUAAUAUGGUUUUGAAGGAAACUGAAGUAAAUCAUGAUAUAGACAACAAUAGCUCUCAAACUAUGCAUAAAUCAGAUUCACGACAAUCAUUGAAUACUAAACAAGCGAUUAAUCUCUCAACAAAUGAGAGCAUUAAAGAGAGAAAGAGAGGAAAACAUUUAGCUCGCGCUGAGGCUCUUCGUGAUACCAGUGCUUCCCCUCCACCGACAACACAGUGUUCAGAUGGCGAAGAAAAGAAUUGUCAUUCUUCAAGCUCUCAAUCACAAACGAAUUCUGUCAGUCAAAACAAUAAGAAUAAAAUGAAAAUUAAGGGAAACUCUUCCGGUAGUCUCGAUAGGACUUCACCAACACUUUCUAGAGAUUCGAGUACUGAAAACUUUUCUGAUUUGAACGGUACUGAUGUCCAACAGUUUUUGAUGGAAACAUUGCAGAAGAAUAAGAAGGAUAGAGUUUUUUUGCUUAAGAUUGAACAAGAGUUAAGUUCAUUAGUAAAGGACUCACCAAAAAAUAGCUAUAAGUUUCAACAAAUGACUUCAUAUAACCGAAUGCUUGUCCACAGAGUGGCCGCACUUUUUGGUUUUGAUCAUAACGUUGAUGUUCUCGGAAUGUCUGUUAUCGUCAAUAAAUCUAAAAGUACACGAAUUCCUGAAUUUAAAUUUAAAGAUUAUAUCAAAGAAGAUUCACUAACAGAACCCAAGAAAUUGAUUCUUAAGCGCGAUUCUGCUUCACUCGAUGAUGGAAGUAACGGCUCGAAUGUCAGUUUUGAUGGCAAAGAAAAAAGUCCCGACAGAAGCCUUAAUGAUAACAAUAGAAAUAAGUCUUUUGAGGAAAGAGAAGAGCGGUAUGAGAAGGCCAGGGCUCGCAUCUUCAAUCAGGGCUCGUCUUCAUCCGAUUCUAAUGAUAACAUUAGUACAGCGACUGAUAACAUCAAAUUGAAUUCAAACAAUCAUUUAGCUGAAGAAAAGAGUUCUAGUCUUCAAUGCAGUCAAACAGUUGACGAUUCACUUAUUAAAUCUAAUAACUCUACCAAUUGUACCGAAUUGUGUGACACUAAUAAUCCCAACGAUACAAAACCUAAUCAAUAUUCGACACAAAACUCUUCAUUUGAUUCAACUAAUGCUUCAAAAUCUGUUUCAGGAAAAUCUAAUUUAGAAGUUGAGAGCCAAGCGUUAGACAAAAAUAAAACAAACAAUUAUUCGAAGAAUAGACCCGCCGUUACCAAAGCAAGUAGUUUUGGUGGAAUCUCAAGAAGUAAUGAUAAUAAUCAUUAUAACAGUACUCAAACACAUUUGUUGAAAUCUGGAUCUUUAAUUACCACUCACCACAAUGCUAACCAUUCAGUUAAUGUUUCUAACCGUUCAAAUACACCAAAGAAUAAUACGAAGACAGACAAUGGCCGCCAAAUGAAUAAUACGAUUCAUCAUUCAGAGCAAAGAUAUUACAAUUCUCAACAGACAUCCCAUACGUCUAAUACUAGUCAUUACAAUCGACACAAUAAUUGGCACCAAAAUUCUCAUUCAAGAAAUAACAAUAGGAUGACAUCAAUUGGUGGUAAUGCGUCGGGUAUUCAAUGGUCUCAAAUGGUUAAUCAAAAUUAUCCGCAUAUGCUUUUACAACAACAACAAAAUGACCCAAACGCUGCUAUCAAAGACAUACAAUUUCUACAACACGGACAGCAGUUAUUUAUGACUUCCAAUACUAAUUAUGGACAACAAUCGGUUAAUAACGAACCGCAGCAACUUAUGAAUCAUCAACCAAUACGGUUACCUGUAAUGUAUUCAAAUCCAAACGCACCGCAAAUGCCAUCAAACUUGACAUCGUUUGGACCGUUACUCAACAAUUCAAUUUCACACCAAUCUAUAGCUAAUCCGAUGAAUUCUCUUUCGUUUCCAAUACAAUCGACUUCUAAUGGGAUUAAUUUUUCAAACAAUCAACCGCCUAAUAAUACAUUGAUACCCACAUCACUUAAUCCAAACUAUCGGAAUCCAAUGGUACCCUCUAAUGUUGGUAAUGUCGGUACUUUAUGGAUUGUAGGCAAUGGGAUGCAUCCACAGUCAACAUCACCUAUGAUGGCUUGUCCUCCACCUGCAAACACUCCUCCGAGUGCACCAAUAGUUUCAAAUAUAGCACCGUUUGUAGGGGUGUCAUAUCAGCAACAAUACAGACCUCCGAUGAACACGAAUAUAGCGAUUAACCCGAAUUUGCCUCUAAAUGCAGCUCAGAAUAGGCCAACGGCUCCUUUGCUCAAAAACCAACCAAUGAUGACAACUCAUGCCAAUCCUCAUCGUAUUAUUUCUUCAAAUGGAAACCAUUAUAUACAUCAAUCAGUGCCAGAAAUGGUUGAUAUGAAUAGUUUAAUAAAUCAUAACAAUUAUGCCAAUAGAGGCACUAUUGUGCCACAAGUUAAUCAAAUGAGACGAAUGCCACUUAAUAGCAAUCAAGCACUUGAUGUUCGGCUUAUGGCUCCCCAAACACCCGCUCCAUACUUACUCCCAACACCUCAAAGACAUACCUAUAUUCCAGUGUCUAACACGAUGUCAGGUACUCCCAGACAAACGUAUGAUAAAUAUACAAAUAAUAGUAACCAACGCGGAAAAGCUGUAUAUAAAAACAAGUCUUAUAGAUAUAACACAAACAAGAGUUCAGUAGUAGUGGUCAAUAAUGUCAAUGCAAACUCCUAUUCCCACUCUAAUUAUUCAAACACUUAGCAAUUGUUUACUUUUUAGCAUUAUUUUAGCUAAUUAUCUAAAAUUACUAAAUAAAUUUUAUUACAAUUAAAUGUUUUGUACAGUUUAUUAAUAAAGUUAUUAAAUUGUUAAUUAUUUCACACAAAAUUUAUUGAGAAUUCUUAUACUUAUUAUAAAACAAUCAUUGAUUAUAAGACAGACUUAAA